AUGACAUCCUCGCAGGAAGCAGCCGUGGAUGAUGACGUAAGGAUCGUGCGCUGCGGCUCGGCCAUGUGCCAUGCAAAAUUGCUGGAGGGAGAGGGCAGGGCUGAGAGCACCUGUGCUCAGUAUGUCAAGUCUUUAAAUGCGGUCCAUCGCCUUCUGGGUUCGGGCGAUUCCCUGCCGGAUGACCUAGAGUGGAUCAAAGACAGCGUAGAUCGGGUUAUCGAGGUCAUCCAAAAGCACUACCCAAGCAAAGGGUCACUGUGCAACAAGCUGACCCCUCUUAUGGCCCUCUCUCGCCAGAACGGGUGGCAGGAGACUCACAGGAAGUACUACGUGUGCUUUUUGCUGGCAAAGGCUGAACAGAUGAGAAACGCGGGCUCCCAAAAGGCCACCAAAAAAGAGUUGGACAAUUGGAUCACGAUGCAGGAGAUCAAGGACAAAAUGGAAGAGUUGGGACGGCGCAUAAGGCGUCAGAUCCUGCCAGAGUUUCGAGGGAGCGGGCGGCGCCUGAAUCGAGAGGAGGUGAAGGUGGUCUUCCAACACCUACUUCUGGCUGCCAACGUUCUCGAACCGCCUAAGCGGCGCGAUUGGUCCGACCUCCCGUUGCAGAAAGCGGACGGCAGCUUUCACAAUCAGGCCGCAAAGGACAUGUUCGAUGAGUACGGAAACGUUUUGAAGGAGUCUAGAGACACCGAGACUUACGUACUCGUGCUAAAGUCGUUCAAAACAGCAAAGCAGUACGGGGAGCAGCGGUUCGAGAUGCCGAAGCGACUCUCGUGUUACAUCAAGCGCUCGAUCGAGCUCGUACCUCGAGCGUUUUUCCUGACGUUGCUGAGCAACCUUGGCGACCCUAUGAACGACGAAACCUUAGAGUAUAACAUGCUCAGCGCCAUGAACACCAGCAACUCCUCUGAGACUGCCGCCACCUUGUCAGCGUCAGGCCUCCAGGCUCCUCAACAAUACCCCGACGGUUUGACCCCGGGCGCUCGAUCCGACGUGAGGCCGUCGGCCCUAGACCCCAAGGACGUCAGCUCGGAGAUCAUGCGCCUGAGCACGCACGAAAUCUAUUGUGUACCAGUGACCAUCACCUUGAAAGCGAGCGGUAAAAAAGAUCCGAAAUUCUCACUUCCCUGGGGUCAGCUGGCAACGGUGGACAAGUGGAAAGCCAAAAUCGGGAGCGUCCUCAGGUCGUCCAAGAAGUGUAACGGCCUUGCUGUAAUGACAGAGCCAAGUAAGCUGUUUUGCGUCGACGUCGACGUUGCAAGCAGUAUCAAGUCGGACGGUAAGAUAAAACGCUCCGGUAUUGAAAUUUGGAACAAGCUAACAAGCCAGCACGGUGAGCCUGCAACAUUGAAGGUCGUCACCGGCAGUGGGGGUUACCACUAUUACUUCGACAUCACCGCAACGGUCGGCCUGAAUAGAACUAACAACUUUGCAGGGCUGGUCGUCGAAGGCAAGGACUACGGUAUCGAUGGCAGAGGCAUCGGAGGUCUCUGCUUUGCCCCACCUGCUCGAUAUCUGGGGCAGCACGGCGAAUCUCGAGGCUACUCCUGGGCACCUGAGGGCGACGGAAUCCCACAGGCAAUGCCAAGCUGGCUUGUCGAUACUAUCAAUCGAGGCUCAGCUGGUGCGGGGCCUUCGAUCGCCGCCUCGGAAUGUGCCCCACUGCCCCGCGCUGUCGACAGCGGUGGCGAAGUUGACCAGAAUCCAGCCUCAGAAGAUGAGCCGGUCCAGCCGGCCAGACCGGUCGAGCCGGUCACAGGGGGUGCGACACAUGUGCCAUUGGCGCAGGAUGGUCUGCUCGUGCGAGAGCUUCAGAAGAUGCUGAAGGAGAAGGCGAAGGAUUCGUCAAGCACGUAUGCGAGCUCGCUCCAGCACGGUCUAUACGGUACGUAUUACUGCUUCCGGACGACCGGGCCUAGGACGUGCUUCUUCGGCCGCGAACAUCAAGGCAGCAAUAAUUUCAACCUGCUGAAGCGCGGGCGGAAUGUCUACUACCGCUGCCACGGUGACCAAUGUUCCCACGAGCCGGUGAGGAAGCUCGGCCAAUUGAGCCUAGAAGCAGCUCUUGAGGAUGCCACCAGCGAUCCGGUCGAUCAAUACGACGACAUGCAGACCGGGCAGCUUUCGAAGCACCAUCCGAAGGAUCUGUGCAACAACCAAACCUUCACGUACGUGCGAGGGGCAAGCAGAGCCCCCACAGCGAAAUUCCGGGGUUUCAUGAUCUCGGUCCUGGACGAAAGCAUCAUCGAGUGGGUCCAAAUGUUCUUUGGGUAUUGCCUCACGGGCGAGACCUGUGAAGAGCUCCUUUCAAUCUUGAAUGGCUGCGGAGGAAACGGAAAAACGCAGCUGAAAAUCGCACUGCAAAAGGCAUUCGGCACGUAUUGCACCACCGGUGCAAAGGCCAUAUUCAUCAAACCAGCCUUUAGCCAGAGCGCAUCGGCCGCGUCGUCCCACCUGAUGCACAUAAAGGCAGCUCGCCUCGUGAUCAUGGACGAGAGCGAACAAGAAGAGCAUCUCAACUGCGGCUCUUUGAAGGAAUUAACCGGUGGAGGCGGGAUCAAUGCUCGCCAGUUGUUCUGCAAGACGGAGAACUAUGUGCCGCGUUUCAAGCUAUGCAUGCUGACGAAUUACCGGCCAUUGUUCCCCGCCAACGAUGAGGGCAUGAUUCGGCGCCUCCUCCUGAUGAUGUUCAACAAGCUUUUCAGAAGCGAGGACCAGAUCGACGCGAAUAAUCCACUGCACAGGCUUAUCGACACCAACCUGAAGAACUACAUGGAGUCGGACGAGGGCGCUGCCGACACCCUAGAUUUCUGCGUGGAAGGAGCAAUGAUGUACUACGCACGUAAGGCGGCAAAUCCGAGCGCACCGGCUCUGAAACCAAUCCCGCAGAUUUUCAGCGCAGCUAUCACCAAAUAUACGACCGAGAACGAUCAGUUGGGUGCGUGA